AUGACGAAAUGGAUCAAGCAGGUUAGAGCACUACCAUCAGAUCCAUCAUCCAAUGACUUUUUGAAAAUCGAGUACAUCGACGUCAAUCUCAACAACUCGAGGAAGUUGAUUGCCAAUGUGACAUCUUUAGCUUCCACCAGCAAAACUACCACUGAACAAACAGAGGAUGCCAUUGAGAAUAUGCUUCGGUUGAGGAAUAUUAAGAGUGAAUUGUCUUGGUUAGACGAUUUGGUAGACUGA